AGUGGAAACAACAUUGUGGGGGGCAGUUCGAUCUACAAGAAAUUGUCUAGGAUUUGAAUGAUUUGAUUUGUCAUAAAACAGGCUAACAUGUAUGGUCGGCAUGACCGACAAAAUAUUUGGCUUUGAGUGGUAGGUUUGAAGAAGACUGGUAGUUUUAUGGUUUGACUGGGUGUUUUCAGGUGUGAAGUGGAUGGACAUGUUGUUACAGACCUGUAGAUAAACCUACAAAGCUUUCAGGCUAAGGAAACUCCUCAAUUCCCAUGAACUUUAUUCUUUAUAUGCGGGGAAAAAUUCUAGAUCCUUAGGCUUCCUUACACAAAUAUCAUAUUGGAUCCAGACUCUGAAAUAUCUUUCUGGCUCUUCCUCUUCGUGUGUGUGGUAUCUGCUUCAGUUCCACAGGGUAGAGCACUGUGAUGGGACCUGGUGGACCUGGUGGACCAGGUGGUCCUGGGGGUUGGGGCCCUGGCCCUGGAGGACCUGGUUUUGGCCCCGGAGGCCCUGGUUUUGGCCCCGGAGGCCCUGGUUUUGGCCCUGGAGGCCCUGGUUUUGGCCCCGGAGGCCCUGGUUUUGGCCCCGGAGGACCUGGUUUUGGCCCCGGUGGAUUCUUUGGUGGGUUUGCAAAUGGUAUAUGCAACAUGAUAUCUUCUUGCUUCUACUGCCUCUGCUGUUGCUGGUUGCUACAAGACUGCUUCGGUGGACCUCGCGGACCUUACGGCCCUCCUGGAGGCGGCCCUCCCUUCUGAUCUGAGAUUUGCCUGUGUGCUUGGAUCUACCUUAUAAUAAGCUCUGGCUUUCUCCAUGACAAGCUUAAACCCUCUUUGACCAACCAGUUUCUUCCACAUUUUGUCUUUUUAUUUCCUGUGUUGGAUCUAUCAGAAAGGUGGACUAUCUAUAAAUAAUUAGACCUGAGAGUAUUUAUCA